UUUCAGGUCCGGCCGGUUUUUGACCUUCAAGUUACAUUCCUUCACAUCGCCGAGAAUCUUUCGCAACAGCAGCACAAUGACCUUUCCUCCAUCGCAAAAACGUCCCCUUGCUCGCCGAUUGCUCAAACCUCUCAGUAUAACGGCAUCAACAGCUCUUAUAGGAACUGUAUUGUAUUACAAUCAUGAACCUUCUAGACACUUUAUGUGCGCUAUUGAGCGGUGUGGACGUGCCGGGCUGGUCGGUGUCAGAGUUGCCAUAAACUACAAGCUAAUGCUAUCGAAAACAUACAAAGAUUCUGAAGAAGAGGCAAGAGCUAAAUCCAAUUGUCAUACAACAAGCGCCAACCUGGUCCUCAAAGCGUUGCAGAAGAGUGGUGGAAUUUAUAUCAAAUUGGGUCAGCAUGUGUCUGCCAUGGUCUAUAUUCUUCCACCUGAAUGGACUUCGACUAUGGCCGUUUUGCAAGACAAGUGCCCACCUACACCCUAUCAAGAGAUUGAAGAGCUGUUCCAAAAUGAUAUGGGAACAUCUUUAGACGAUCUGUUCUCGGAGUUCGACCCUGUGCCGAUCGGUGUUGCGUCGCUAGCCCAGGUCCAUAGAGCUAGACUUCGUUCAACGGGUGAGGAAGUGGCAGUCAAAAUGCAGCACCCAUUCCUGGAUGAAUUCUGCAAAAUCGAUAUGGAUACCGUCAGCUUCAUUUUGUCUACCAUCAAGCGCGUAUUCCCUGAAUUUGGUUUUGAAUGGCUGAGCGAAGAAAUGAAUGAGAGUUUACCCCAAGAGCUCAAUUUCGUCUUUGAGGCAAGCAAUGCAAACAAAGUGCGAGAGAACUUUAAAGAGCUCAUUGAGACGAAGAAAACCGCAUUGAUCAUUCCAAAAAUUGUUUGGGCGCACCGACGAAUCCUAUGCAUGGAGUUCAUCCGCGGACAACGCAUUGACAAUUUAGCGUAUAUGGAGGAGCAUAGCAUCGACUCGAAUAGAGUUUCAAUAGAGCUGACUAGGAUCUUUUCAGAAAUGAUAUACAAUCACGGCUUUGUUCAUUGUGACCCUCAUCCCGGCAACGUCCUUAUACGACCAGCUAAGAAAUCCCGUUUUGGCACGGGACUCAACUUCGAAAUCGUUCUAUUAGACCAUGGAUUAUAUCGUACUUUGGACGACCAAUUGAGAACGGAUUAUGCACAUCUUUGGACUUCCUUGAUUCGUGGUAAUGAGGAGGAUAUUAAAAAGUACUCACUUAGAGUAGGCGGUACCAGUGCGCACAAGCUUUUUGCUUCGGUUAUGACUGGACGCUCAUGGGACACCGUCAAUACCCAGGAUUUAUCGACAGAACGGUCACAAACUGAGCUCGAGAAGAUGACAGAGGGAGCGUUCGAACUACUGAUCGACAUUGCCGGUCUUUUGGCUAAUAUGCCACGCAUUGUCCUACUUCUUCUCAAAACCAAUGACUUGCUUCGAAGCGUCGAUGAAGUGCUUCGAACUGACCAGGAUUAUAGCAUGACUUACGUCGUUAUGGGUCGCUAUUGCGCCAAAGCUGUGUGGGACGAUAUUCGCUCGACCCUGUUGGACAAAAUUCGUCACUACGGCUUAAGCAUUAAGCUUGCAAAGGAGCUUAUCAGCGCGUGGUACGAGUUUGAGUCUCUUGAAAUUAUGCUUUGGCUCUAUCAGACGAAGAGCCUUUGGAUGGAUCGCAUUAAGCAUUUCAAGUCCCCUACCAUCCUCCCUAGCGAUCAAACAUACCAACAACACCUCUAGAAGUAAUCACAAUCUUGCAAAACAUUA